AUGCUGGGCCCUCUCCGGGCUUGCCGCCCGCCCGCUUCGUCUGUCUGCGCUUCUUCUCUGUCUCCUUCUCUCGUGAGAUCCGCCGCAGCUGCCGCGAAUCGUCAGGCAGGAGAACCUUGCUCUGCUGGCGCCUCCUCGCUCCUUUCAUCUUCUGCGCGUUCUUCCUCCGCGGGCGCUGCUGCCGUCUCUUCCUCUGGUUCAACGUCUGCCUCGCGCUCCCUCCUCCUCUCCUCUUUGUCGUCCUCUGCUUUUUCGGCCUCCCCUUCCUCCUUCUCCGCCGCAUCUCGUCUCGCAACCUCUUCUCGUUCUAGUUUGUCGCGUUUUUGGUCGGGGCCGCUCGUUGACGAUCUGCGUUCGCGAGGCUUUUCCUCGGCGGGCGCUCCGCAAAAGCCGCAGAAGACAGCCAACUCCAGCGAAACGUGGCUGGAGGUCGAGCGCGCGCGCCCGCGCGUGCCCAAUGCCUUCGACGGGACCUACCAGUGGCCUCAGGCUGCGCCGAAUCCCCUCGAAAUCAAGAGGGAAACCUUCCAGGCGUUCAUGCACGGAAAGACUGAGCGCUUCUCCAGGGAACUCAAGGUCUUUCUGUACGGCUGGGGCAUCACGCUCUUCAUCGUCGGCUUGACGCUGCUGACGAUCAAACUCAUGGCCCCGGAUGACUUCGAGUGGGUCGAGGCGGAGCGGGAGCGCAUGGAGCAGGCGAAGCGGAAGAAAGCGAACGCGGAGGCUGCGGCCCUGGCAGCGGCCAAAAGACUUCAAGAGGGAGAGGGGGGGCAGUGA